AAUAUGAAGCGUUUGUCGUGUUUAUCGUUCGUCGUACUAAGCUUGUUUGGAUCCCACGCUUUUUCGAUUCUAACAGACGGCAAUAUAAGGAACUCUACAGAUUUAGAUUUCGGUGCACUUGAUACUAAACACGUCGACGUUUUUCGACAGCUACUAAAUCAAGAGACCUUGAUCCGAAUGACAUUAGUGAAAAAUGUCCAUGCAUUGAUGAAAGACAUGGUGACCCUUCAACAAAGUCUUCUGUCUUCCGAAAGCGAGAUUUCUUCUCUCAAAGACACGACUACCAGAGAAAUAACCGAGUUGAAGAAAGAGGUACGGUCGCUUAAGCUUGAAAACAAUCGAUUAAGUAGCAAAGUUACCAGAUGUAAUGAAAAUAUUGAGUCUUUAAAAGAAAAUAUAACGGAGGUUGACGCCAGUCGCCGAGUGUUCGAAACACAGCUGAUUAUGGAAAAGCAAAUGUUUGAACGGAACACAUCCGGUAUCUUAGCAGACAUUAAAACUGAAGUCCGGUAUUUGUCCACUACGCUUCUGGACCUCAAUAAACACACUCUGGAACUAGACAAAAAUAUUCCCGAACUCAUUGACAACAGAUAUGUAUUGAUAUCAGGGAGUCUGAAUGAUUCUCUGGAUGCCUAUAGGGCAGAAAUGAGAUCUACUAACAAUAAGCUGAAUGUUGCUCUAACUGACCUACAGAAAACGCAACAGACCAUGACGGAUUCAUUGUCUGAUAAUAUGAACAACACAAUGGAGGGGCUAAAAUCGGAAGUCAAACAGACUCAGUUUGAACAAUUAAAACUCUCCUCUGCUGUGUCAUCUUUAGAGGUGUUUCGAUUGAAUUUUACCAAUAGACAGUGUGGUGUAUCUACAAAUGUAGCCUUUACUGCCGGUAUUACGUCUUCUGCCUCUUCAUGGACCGGAAGUAUACUUGUUUUCCCUAAGAUAAUAUUUAAUACAGGAGGAGGUUAUGACCCUACAACAGGGAUGUUCACGACCCCCGUGGACGGACACUACGUCUUCUUUGUCAGUGUACAGAGUUAUGGUACAAAUGAGAUUCGGAUGGACAUUGUAUUGAAUGGAGAAUCUAAAGUCAGAACAAUGGCAUACGACGGUAGUGAUAAGGAUUAUUAUGAGGCAGGGGUUAACCUGGUUGUCUUAAGGCUUAACCAGGGAGACAAGGUGUGGGUUAAACGUUAUACUGGGACUGGUUAUUAUUCCCUUUCUGUACCUGUCACAACCUUCUCUGGAUUCCUUUUGUGAAAAAAAGAAAUAAUUAAAAGGAUAAGAUGAAGACAAUGGGCCUAGACAACAAAAAGAUACUGGAUUAGAAAGCUAGGUACGACCUUUCCAUAUGGUAGAAAUGAUAAUGUCAAAGCUUUGGGAAUCUUUCAAGUCCACAAUGUAGCAAUGUGAAUGUGAUUGGACUUUCCAACAAUGCACAGAGACGUAAGCGUAAUCAUGGACUUCAGUCUAACAUUAAACCUAUUAUACAGCAUGUAUCUUUUGUUUCAUUACUACGUUAUGUAAAUAAACAGGUUUUCAUCACAUUCGUA